GCGGCUGCUGGCGGCGGCCGAGAUGAUGGCGGAGGGCGGCGGCGGGCCGGCGCGCAGGAAGGCGCUAUCGCUGCUGGAGGCGGCCCGAUCCCGCUACGAGAGCCUGCAGAUUUCCGACGACGUCUUCGGGGAGUCGGGCCAGGACAGCAGCGGGAACCCCUUCUACAGCACCUCGGCCGACUCUCGCUCCGCCGCCUCUUCCCAGGACGAGGACGACGACGAGGAAGACCAGGGGCGCCUGGCGGUGUCGAGCCCGCGGAGCAGGGCGGCCCGGCGCCGCUCUCCCCGGGCGGCGGCCACCCCGGCGGAGCGGCGGCGGCAGCGGCAGGUCUGCAGCGGCAGCGCCGUCCCGGGCGGCCCCGGCCCUAUGGAGGAGGAGGAGGAGGAGGAGGAAGCCGAGAGGGGGGGAUGGACCCGGUCGCUGCGAGACGUCCCACCCCCUCAUUUCAAGGAUGGCAGCGGUCCAACACGAAAAAUGCCCCUGACUGCCAGUGCCAUGGACUUUUUUCAGCUCUUUGUCCCUGACAAUGUACUAAAGAAUAUGGUGGUCCAAACCAACAUGUAUGCAAAGAAAUACCAGGAGAGGUUUGGUAGUGAUGAUGCCUGGAUUGAUGUCACCUUGACAGAAAUGAAGGCCUUCUUAGGCUACAUGAUAUCAACGAGCAUCCACCACUGUGAGUCUGUUCUCAGCAUCUGGAGCAGCGGCUUCUACAGCAACAAGAGCAUUGCACUUAUCAUGACACAAUCAAGGUUUGAGAAGAUUCUGAAGUACUUCCACAUUGUGGCCUUCCGCUCGAGCCAGACAACGCAUAGCCUCUACAAAAUCCAGCCUUUUCUGGACUCUCUGCAGAAUGGCUUUGACUCUGCUUUCAGACCCUCACAAGCCCAGGUACUACACGAGCCCCUGAUAGAUGAGGAUCCUGUUUUCAUUGCGACCUGUACGGAGAGGGAGCUGCGCAAGAGGAAAAAGAGGAAAUUCAGUCUUUGGGUUCGGCAGUGCUCAUCCACUGGUUUCAUCUGCCAGAUUUAUGUCCAUCUCAAAGAAGGGAGUGGUGCUGAUGGGUUGGAUGCUUUGAAGAACAAACCACAGCUUCACAGCAUGGUGGCCAAAAGCCUUUGUCAGAAUGCCUCUGGGAAGAACUACAUCAUCUUCACAGGCCCAAGCAUUACCAGCCUGAAUCUCUUUGAAGAAUUUGAGAAGCAAGAGAUUUACUGCUGUGGGUUGCUGAGCACCAGGAAGAGUGACUGCACAGGACUACCUCCAUCCAUGCUGAACAAUUCUGCAACUCCACAGUCCAGAGGACAGUACAGAAUAAGAAUGAAGGGAAACAUGUCAUUGAUUUGCUGGUACAAUAAAGGGCACUUUCGUUUUCUGACCAACGCCUAUUCCCCAGUUCAACAAGGAGUUAUAAUUAAGAGAAAAAGCGGAGAAAUUCCAUGCCCACUGGCAGUUGAAGCCUUUGCUGCUCACCUUAGCUAUAUCUGCAAAUAUGAUGAUAAAUACAGCAAGUAUUUCAUUUCCCACAAACCAAACAAGACCUGGCAACAAGUGUUCUGGUUUGCCAUCAGCAUCGCUAUAAAUAAUGCCUACAUCCUCUACAAAAUGUCAGAGGCCUACCAUGUGACAAGGUACAGCCGUGCACAGUUUGGUGAAAGACUUGUAAAGGAGCUUCUGGGCUUGGAGGACACCUCACCCACCCAUUGAUGCUUUGCUUUGGUGGCGUAGGCAGGGGCUGGAGGGAAAGCAGAAGAUACCACACCUGGAGCGGCAAAGCAAGGAACUUGUGACACCACCAGUGCUGUCAUCCAAAAAUGCCAAGUGAUGCCACUAGAGAGGUGCAAACUUUGUUCCUAGUAUCAGCUGGAUGUAAACAUCUCAUGCAGAAAGUGCCACUGGAAAAGCUGACACAAAAUUGCAUAUGUGAAUGCCCUGUGGGAAUCUGUACACCGAAAGCAGACUUCAAUUAGCCGUCAUCUCAAUGCUAUUUGUUGAACAGGGUCAUCUUGUAAAGUUCCUCUUGGGCCAAGAGCUUGUCAGAAGCUGGCACAGCUCAGCAGUCCUAGAUGGGCCUUACAGGAAACUCUGCACCUUCCUGGGAGUUGCUAAAUCCCGGGACAAGCCCGUGCAGCUGCCCCGAGGGCUGUGGCUGAGCGCGGCUGCCGUCCCAUCGCUGCUGCUGUCCUCCGCUGGGACAGGCGGAGCAGGGACACUGCAGCAGGCUCUGCACAAACACCACCUUCACAGGCAGGCAGCCAGGAACUGAGGACCAGUCAUGAUUUCUUCUUUCUGUGUUUUUUUUUUUUCCCCUUCGUUUUUAUUAAUGUAACAUAACGACAAUUUGAUCCCAGUUAGAACACAGGAAAAGUAGGAGAAACUAAGUACAUUAGUGAAUUUAAAAUGACAAAUACAUUACAGUGAUUUUCUUUUUUCACCAUGAUGAAACAUUUUUUUACACAAACAGUGAUUAACACUGUACAUAUUAAUUACUGUUAAUUACUGUAAUUAACAGUGAGUAAACCAGUAAGUAAUACUGCCUCACAUCUUAACUGCCACGGUCAGUGUACAGGUGAGAAAUCAAAAUAUACCAACUAGAUUUUUUUUCUUGAUUUCAACUGUAUCUUAAAUGUUGCUUAAAAAGCUAAUGUAAUGGACUGUUAAAGUUUUAAGAACAAUAAUUUCUUGCUUUUUCUUUGGUAGCUGUCAAGACCUUUUUGGUCCACUUUAGAAUUUUGUUUGGUGCACAGUUGGCAGGAAAAAAAGUCACUAAUAGCCAAGGUUUUCCCAUUAUCACUGUGGGGUGUUCUGUAGGAAUUCCUUUUGGUAGAGUUCAGGGCUUGGCACAGUAGUUGUAAUUAAGCAGAUUACAUGUUUAGCAAAAUAACGUAGCAUUGUGUCUUAGAAAAGGAAAGAAGUCCAGUUGCAACCAACCUUAAACCUUGCUAAAAUAGAGCAAGCCCAAAGAGUUCUUGUGUUCCUAGUGACACUGUAGAAGACAAGCAUCAUCGUGAGCUGAUGGUCAAGGCCAUGUUGGUGCUCGUGGAAUCUGAAAGCCACUGGAGUUUCAGAAAUAAAUGCUGAGAGAGAGGUAUGAUUGAAACGAGGGAAUCAAUACUGAGGGGAACUACUACCCUGCCCUCUACACUUUAUUGAUUUCAGUCCACAACUCGAUCAUCAAAAACCUCUGUAUUCUGAAGGUUGGCAGUGAUGGGCACAAACAGAAUUGCAUUAACUUACAGGGCAGAAAAGCACGUUGAUUAGAGGACUCAAGCCUGAAAGUUUUACUCCCAAAGAAUGACUUGAGUUGAUUCAAGAGGAAUGGAGUGAAUGAUUGAUUCAUCAGUGUAAAUCUUAGCAGGUUACAUGCAUCUAUCUGACCAGAGGCAGUAAGGGUAACCAACAUAAAUUUGCAAACUCCUCAUAUUUCAUCAUUCUAUGACAUGCAAAUGCAUAGCAUGUAAAUAAUAAGAGAGGAAGAAUCCAGCAGGGGUUAGUAAAUGAAUGACUAGCCCAUGGAGUAUCCUUGCACUGACACCUUUCUGUUUCUACCAAAGUCUUACUGUUUGGCAUAGACCCAGAGGCAGAUCUCACCUGGUUGCAAGGAGAGAAGGGGAUGGCCAUGGCUGACUCCAUGGUGGUUCUGGACAGCCUGGAGCCUGUCCCACACAUCCUGCUCUGCCUGCCAGCUGCACAAUGAACAGCAGCGAGAUUCCUAAGCAUCCUUUUCACUGCUCAGUCCACAAGAUCUCCACCUGGAAACAUGGGAGAAAGGACAAAACUGUGCACUGAGGCCUCCUAACCACAAAAGAAGGAGGUGGGUUUGUACCACUCUAGCCCUUGACAAUGCCAAGCUGCACAGGAACUCAAGGAUGAGUUCAGAAUUUCUUGACCCUGCAGAGAACUGAGCCCACCCCUCUUCAGACUGAGUGUGUUUGAUAGCUGGUUCUUGUCAGUCUUGUAAGUAUUAGAAGGGAGACAGCAGCUAGCCUGAAGCAUGAAAAAUAAAUGUUCAGCAAUAUAAACCUAUAUUUUUCUUUUUUUUUUCAGGAAAUUUCACAGAGUGUUCUUAUUGCUCCCUGCUUCAUACAAUGCCAGCCUAUAUUGGAUCAGGAAGUGUAGCUACUAGCUCAUUAUAUCCCAUAAAUUUAUAUGGUAGUUGAAACUGGGGCAGUAAGGAAAAGUAUGGCUGGAACUUUACUGGCUUCCUUCCACUCCCAUGCCAUGCUGGGCUAUGUGCAGGAUACCCAUGCCCCCAGCAGACAUGGGAUGGUUUCCAAGACCACCUUGGAGCCACUUGGCAUUUCUGAGGAGUAGGCAGACCACUCUCCAGCUACGCUGUAAGCCCCUGGGAUAAAUCUGGAGCCCUUGGCCAAUUGUUACAUAACUGUGUAUGCUUAAAGGCCUGGAUCUAGGCCAUCCCAUACAGAAAAUGCCUCUUCUUUUUUUGGAUGGCUGUAGGCCUUGAAAUAUUUAAUUUUUCACCAAUGUAUGAAGUUAAUUAUGUGGAUUACUUGAGCUCAAAUCAUGAGAUCCUAGCUUUUUGCCUCAGGGACUGGGUCCUGAGUAGUUUUCCCUAGAAUUGGUGUUGACGGGGGAUUACACAGUGGCUGACUAUUACAGGGAAGAUGCUUUGGUCUCCUUUGUAAAGGAGAAAAAUGAAAACAAAAUUAUAGCUUUGCAAUGAAUUUCAUUUUCUUAGCCUUAAACAUCCCUCAUCAUUUGGAACUGUUGUUCUUAUCAUGCACAAACAUUCCAUAAGUAAGCAAAAAUAUUUAUAUAUAUUUGUAUGUACAAAAUAUCUGAAUUUUGGCUCUUGAAGCCAACAAGCAAAAGCCACCAAAGUGUAGUCUAUAUCUACAGAUGACUCUUCCCCCUCAUCUUCUCCUUUUAUUGACUGGAAGUGGACAGGGUUGGGGAAAAUGAAGAUUUCUCCUUGUUGAAGAAGCGUCUUGCACUUUUUCCGUUACUACAACCAAGGCAAAGUAAUUAAGGAAGAUAUAGGAUAAUUUUUAAAAGGCUAAAGUUUGUCAACUGCAGCUCAGCCUGUGCAGGAUUAUUUCCUUUACUGCAAACUGGCUUACUCAGAUUUGGUUCCCCACCUGCUUGUAACAUUAAAGCCUCUCCCUAAUUAAAGGGGGGGAAAAAGUCUCAAAGUAGUGCGAGGAUGCUCGUUAUAGUGUGUGUAUGUGUGUGUCUAACUGUGCAAUAGCUUGUGAAAUUAUAGUUUGGUUUGUUUGUAGCCUUAAGACAAUCUGGGUAAGAGAUCUGAGAACUUAGCAGUAGGUAAAAUGCAGUCAAAAUGCCAACCAAGUCACAGAGGAAUGUCUCUAAACUUUUUCAGGAAAAAAAAAAGAAGUUCGACACUGAAGGAGUGAAGGGAGCACAGCAUAGCUCCUUUCUCUCCUGCUUAAUUGAAUUUUCACUGACAUUCUAAAAACUGAUACUUACUUGUUUAGAACUGUACUUCUAAGAACCGAUAAUUACUUGUUCAUGGUAUGCAAACUUUAUUUCAAAGAACCGAGACCAUCAGUAGGACAUACCAACCACCUUCUAUGCACACGACUUUCAGGAAAUGCCUGUCAUGCCACGAUCCAUUCUUGGAAAACAUUUCUUUUCCCAGUGUGUAAUGCCACACUUGCCAGAGCUUAGAAGCCACUCGGAAGUGGUUUCCACUGUUGUCUCUGUUGAAAAAUGCUUCAAGGGCUUGCAGGAAUUCUGCCACUUUUUACUUCAGUCCAUCUGUACACUUGACAAUAGGACACAAUUUAAAGAAAUCUCAUCUCCAUUUUCUGUUUCUGUUCUCUAUCCCCAACCUUUCUAUAUACAAAUAGUCUAGGAAUCAUGAUUUAUAGAAGUACAACUUUUUUUUCUUCAGGUAAUUUCUAGAGAAAAUUGAAUUUAGCAACUCAAAAACAGCAUUCCUGUUCUUUACCUCCAGAUAUAUUUCUGUGGCCUUUUUUUCCCCCCAAAGAUGUUACUUUCUUUCUAACAGUUAUUUAGAAAUCUGUCUUGAGUUAGUGAGUAGUGAAAGAAACCUCCAGUAUCCCAUUCUUCCAUUCCUUAGUCCCCUUGUGGUAGUGCUGAUUCCACUGACAAGGGGGGGACUGGGGGAUUAUGCUGCUCUGAUAAUUCUGUGCAUCUCUGGUACUUUCCAAGCAAGGAUUGCAAAGUGUUGUAACAACCUCAGCACUCAUGAGACAUCAUUAGCUUAUCACAGCUUUUCCUUUCCUACCAGACACCAAGGCACAGCACAGAUAAGGGGGGUGAUGAAACUGCAAAGUGGAGUUUGCUCUCCUGCUAAUUAACACCAUGUUCUCUGUUUUCAAUGACUUGGUUCUUGUUCAAAAGCACUUUUCCUAACUAGAAAUGAAAGUAUGCCAAAUACCAUUUCCCCCUAAGUAAGGGCUGUGGCACUUAGCACAGGUUCCUUCAUACAGGCUGGCAUGAGUUAAAACCAAAUUGCACUAAAGGUAAGAGACAAUUUGAUAAAAUGUAGGAGCCCAACAAGCCUAGAGGAA